CAAUUAUAAUCUCUCUCUCUCUCUCUCAAAAUGACUCCAUCUAGUGAAAGUCUUUGGAUUUUUGCUCUAGCUUCCAAAUCCAGUUCUUUGACUUCCGACAAUGGUUUCUGUCUGAUCUUCAUAAUGGGUUUUCUCUGGAUAUCCAUGGCCGUAAUUUACUGGCUUUUUCCCGGCGGCCCUGCUUGGGGAAAACUAAAGUUCAAAUCUUUCACAAAUUCCGUAACAAUUCCAGGUCCUAGAGGAAUCCCUUUAAUUGGGUCCAUGAAUCUCUUAACCGGUCUCAGUCACCGGAAGAUCGCCGCCGUCGCCAAUAAGUUGAACGCCAAGAGACUGAUGGCGUUUAGUAUCGGAGAAACCAGAGCGGUUGCUAUUUGCGAUCCGAACGUGGCUAAAGAGAUGCUUAAUAGCCCUGUUUUUAUGGACCGACCGUUUAAGGAAUCUGCUUACGGUCUCUUGUUCGAUCGAGCUAUUGGGUUUGCUCCCUAUGGAGCUUAUUGGCGAACGCUCCGUAGGAUCGCGGCUACUCAUUUAUUCUCGCCGGUGCAAAUUAGAGCGUCGGAAGGUUGGAGAUCGAAGCUUGUUGAUGAGAUGGUGACGAAUUUGGGUUCGAGAAUGGGAGAUGUUUGUGUUCGUGAUGUUGUUCGUCGGGCUUCGCUUAAUAACAUGAUGUGCUCUGUUUUUGGAAGGAAUUUCGGUUUUAAUUUGGCUGAUCGUGAUGAAUUGGGAGAACUUGUCGAUGAAGGGUAUGAUCUUCUUGGGAUGGUCAAUUGGUCUGAUCAUCUUCCUUGGCUUAGACAAUUCGACUUGCAAGGAAUUCGGUUUAGGACUUCGAAAGUUGUGCCGAGAGUUAACCGAUUUGUUAGUCGAAUAAUCGAUGAACAUCGAGCUCAAUCCGGUUCGGGUGGUGAUAGGGAUUUCGUGGAUGUUUUACUUGGUCUUCCUGAUUCAGAUCAAUUAUCCGAGUCGGAUAUGAUUGCUUUUCUAUGGGAAAUGAUAUUUAGGGGAACAGAUGCAGUCGCGGUAUUGAUCGAGUGGGUGUUAGCAAGAAUGAUGAUCCAUAAGGACGUGCAAUCCAAGGUUUACGAUGAGCUGGACAAGCUGGUGGGUCCCAAACCAGUCAAUGAAUCCAACGUGGCAGAGCUAGUGUACCUCCAAGCUGUUAUCAAGGAAGUUUUAAGGUUACACCCACCGGGCCCGCUACUAUCAUGGUCACGCCUGUCAAUAACCGACACGAAUCUAGGUGGUUACUUUGUGCCAGCUGGAACAACCGCGAUGGUGAACGUGUGGGCGAUCAUGCGGGAUCCAGAGGUUUGGAAUGACCCGUUUGAGUUCAAGCCCGAGAGAUUUAUGGGGAAUUUAGAUGUUGGAGAAAUUUCGGUUAUGGGUUCGGAUAUGAGGCUUGCACCGUUUGGGUCGGGUCGACGUGGAUGCCCCGGUAAGGCACUAGGUUGGAGCACGGUUACACUUUGGGUGGCUCGUUUGGUUCAAGAAUUCGAGUGGAACUCGCCCGCGGAGUUGAAGGCGAUUGACUUGACGGAGGUUCUAAGGCUAUCUUGCGAAAUGGCGAGCCCACUUAGUGCAAAGUUGCGUCGACGAGGAAAAUGUGACCUGAUAUGAAAGUAAACCAAACACGAAUCUCCACCCACAAUACAAAUCAAUCAUUUACUAUAUAUAUAGAAUCCUAUUUGUGCCCUGUUUUUAUGUUGUUAUGCUUGAUAGCAAAGUUUCCAAGUUACUUUCUUUAUAAUUUGACUAAUGUACAUAUACUACUA